UCUGCCAUUGUAACGGCGUUAUGAGCUGUCGUUUUGCUAUAUAUAACCCUCUCAGUUUUCAAGUUUCAACAUCGAUCAUUUCCCUCUCAUAUUUCUCUCUCUCUCUCUCUCUCUCUCUCUGUGCUGAGUGAAACAUUUUAAUGGUUGCGUAAAUUUGAAGAGUGGUAUAAACAUCUGAGUGUUUUGUUGGAAAUUUUUUGGUUUUUUGAUUUCAUCACUGGUCGGAAAUCUCGAAAUGGGAAAGAAAGACCAGCAGCAGAGAGAUGAAGAGAGCAAAGAAAAUGGAAGAGUGGAAGCUGUUCUUCAGCUUCUGAGAAAACAUGCUCCACUCACAGUCAAACAGGAGAAGUUCUGCAACACUGCUUGUGUUGAGAGGUUUUUGAAAGCAAAAGGAGAUAGUGUUAAGAAGGCAGCCAAGCAACUUAGGGCUUGCCUUUCAUGGCGACAGAGUGUUGGAACUGAGAACUUGAUAGCAGAUGAGUUCUCAGCUGAACUCGCUGAAGGCGUUGCCUACACGUCUGGACAUGAUGAAGAAUCGAGACCUGUUGUGAUUUUCCGGAUUAAACAAGAUUACCAGAAGUUCCAUUCACAAAAACUGUUCACUCGCUUGUUGGUAUUCACGCUGGAGGUGGCGAUUGAGUCCAUGCUAAAAAACGUCGAGCAGUUCGUCCUCCUUUUCGACGCAAGCUUUUUCAGGUCAGCUUCUGCUUUUAUGAACUUGUUGGUGGCAGCACUGAAAAUUGUGGCAGAGUACUACCCAGGACGGCUCUUCAAGGCGUUUGUAAUUGACCCCCCUACGAUGUUCUCGUAUCUUUGGAAGGGUGUUCGACCGUUCGUUGAGCUUUCAACGGCUACGAUGAUGGUAUCGUCCCUAGACUUUGAGGAGUCGUUGGAUUUCAGUGCCUUCUCAAACUACCCGCGAGCCUCGUCCCUUCGAUUCGACCCCUCCUCAAUCAAAUCAACGGCCAAUAUCGGCUCCUGCUCAUCCUCCCGCUUCUCCUUCACUGUCGCUCAGCAUCAGUUCGACUCUCUCAAGCCUUGGUACCUCAGCCUCACAGACACGUCAGCAUCCAAAGUAGGCCCCACCACACCCUCCCCGCUGGGACCCGCGCUCAUCUCUCCUCUAAACGCCCGGUCCUUCUCCUUCGCAUCCCCCGCCGCCAGAACGCCACGUGGAACAAUCCACGGCUACGGCAACUCCGCUUCCACGAGAAAGAGCCUGUUCCCGUCGACGCCACUCCCCCAACGGUGCUCAGGCAUAGAGGCCAGCAGAACCCCUCAUCACCGCCAGCUUCCGCGGACCCCACGUCCCUCGUUCCUCCAAUCGCCGGCCACUUCGCAGACGAUAUGCAGCAUUCUGCGUAACCAACAAGGCAGCAUGGAAAUCAAGAUCAUAGGGGGGGCGGCAACUAAUGGAGAUUAUCAUGCUGAACAAUCCGACCUUGCGGCCGAGGAAUAUGAGGUUUCCAAAUCUUCAGUACCAAAUUCUGAUUUUUUCAAAGUGUACGUGUUUCCUCAAGCUAUUCGGGAGUACAAGGAUUCAAGACUAGGGCACAGUUGGUGCCCAAAUUUUCCUCCGGGUUUGAAAUCUUUGAACAGGGGGUUUGCCACGCUUGCAGGGUCGGAGACAAUGUUGAAAGCCGCCAAUCGGGAUUUGGACUUGGCACAGUUUGUAAUAUUCGCUCGGCAUCUUGAGUUUCUAACUUGUAUGGCCAGUUUCGACGGGGUCGGGAUAAAUGGACAUAGGGGAGCAACCGAGACUAAUUCGGUGUUCUAA